AUGUCGGCCGAGGGGGUUUCGGCUUUGCAGCCGGAAACCACUUGCAGCAACAAUACUGCGACAGCUGACGCCGCUACCAUCUCUUCCACAGACUCAUAUUCCAACCACCAACCACAGCACCCACAGGGGGCGCAGCACUCACUGCAGGCCCAGAAUGCCGCUGCCACAGCACACCUAGACCUGGGCUUCUCUGACGUCUCCAACCCGCAACUUUUCCAGCUAAACCCGCCGUCCCAUGCUGUAAACAACAACAUCAACAACAACAACAAACCGCCGACCGACGACAAGUCGCCCGCAGGCUCAACCCGCGAUCACCCGGCAACUUCUCAAUCCGCAAACACAACACCGUUCGGCUCACCAAAAACAAAUAAAACAAAACAGACUCGCAAGCCCUCGCCUAACCUUGCCGCACGAUUGAAAGCGCUUGGCUUCACCUCUCACAAGAAGUCGACAGACCAUCACCCUACACAACAAGACCGUAUCGGGCGUCUGCCUGAGGAUCAGAUCCGCCAAAUCGACGAAAACCAUAAGGCGAGCUCCAUCGAGUCCAGGAUCCAUCGUCGCGGUCGACCUUGGAAGGGCAUCACACCGUCCGACGAUCCGAGACCAGCUACAGCGUCCUCGACUGCCUCGAGAGAAGAGCCCUGCACUGAGGUAUUCUCGUCCUCAAUAGACGUUGCCCAGGGCGCGUCUCUCGUUCUACCCGAGAUUACAACUACCGAACCCCUGGACAUGGAGACACACAAAUACCGUUUGCCCGACCACACGAAUGGAAACGGCACAAAGGUCCAACUCGAGACUCGACGAGAGCAUCUCGAACGUAGCGCCGCUCAGUCCCCCUCCGAUCAACCGCCACCUCCUCCUCCGAAAGACACGCCGCCCGUCCCUGCAACCGAGUUCACGCCCGAUCUUGCGUCAUACUUCAACCCCGGCCAUCAGCGGCCUGGCUCUAUUUAUACACUUUCCCGCGCAUCUUUCGCCAAUCAGCUUGCUCAACUAACAUCCCUUCAACUUCCUGAUGCCGAGUCCUUGUCCAGCAAGGUGUCUGCCAUCCCGACAGCACAAGUUGCAUCAAAGGCUCUCAUCAACGCCGCGGAACAGAUAAGAAGCUGGAUUUACAAGGCAUCGGAGGUCAUCAGUGGCUUGGACAGCGAUGAUGACGUCGAGUGGGCCGCCGCAGGUGGUCGAGAAGGACUGGAGGAGGUCGAGAAUGCCAUCCAUCGUUUCGAGAAGUUGAUCAAAGUCUACGUCGGUGCCAUCGAGGAGCUGCAAGGCCGCGAAGACAUUGGCAACGUGCCUUCCGAGGACCUCCAUCGUGCCGUUUCCCAAAUGGAAUCCAUUAUUGAAGAGUGGGCGAACAUUAAAGCGGCGCUGAACACUGUCAAAGGACAAGUCGAGAUAGCGAUGGAGUGGGAAGAGCUCUGGAACAAUGUUCUCGGGGAUAUCCAGAGCGAGAUGGAGGAACUGAGCCGUCUGGUUUUCGAAAUGGAAGAACGUCGCCAUAAGUCUUUGAUGGCUGCCGCUGGCGGCGACGGCGUCGACAUCGGAGACUUGGAGAACAUCGUUGACGACACUCCUCUUCCCGCAAACAGAACACAGGCUCAGAACCGUUUUAGCCUUGCUGGCCUGCCGCUCAGCCCCGGAUCAACCUCGCCAGGGACCCCAGCACUAUCCCAGGACGACUCAAGUCUGUUGGCUCUAUUCGCCCGGAUGCAGCCGUUGCGCGCAUCGUUGGACUUUCUGCCCAUGAGGCUCGCCGUUUUCGCCGCUCGAGCAGAGAAGUCUUUCCCUACAGCCUGCGAAGAGUUGGACAUGCGACGAAACGGUCUUGACGGUAACUACAAAAGGCUGGAAAAGGAUGCCGAAUCGCUUCGUAAAGAGUUGGGUGAAGACCGCUGGGUCAUUGUCUUCCGCGGCGCCGGAAGACAGGCUCAGAAGAUGAUCGAGUCUGUCGAGAGGUCGAUGCACAAGCUGAGGGAGUCGGUCGACUCAGGUAUGCACUUGAGCAACCCGCCUACGAUGAUCAAGAAAAUCGAGAGCUAUGAUGCCAAGAAGACGCACUACGGCCCGGCCAUUGAGCGAGUACUUGCAAUCAUUGACAAGGGUGUUAAAGACCGGUUAACAGUCAACGGCGAGAUCCUCCGCCUGCAUGCCGAAAUGCAGGCCAAGUGGGACUCGCUCAAGGACGAAAUGAGAGAGAUGGAUGUGGUUGUGGACGAAGUGCAAGCGGAUACCCGCGGCCAGCAGUUGAGAGACUCCAUCUCCAGCAUGUUGUCGAAUGAUCGCUCAACAAUAGGCAGUGGCCGCGAGACACCCGGCAGCUCUCCGCCCUCCUCCGUCAUCAUGUCCAGCCUCGGUUUCGAACCCAAGACUCCUGCCAAUAAGUUUGCCAAGAACCGCUCGGUGAGCACCAACAGUCACCUACCACAGCCGUCCGGUCGAAGGCAGUCGUCGUUGCCAACGCCGUCCUCGCAGCUGCCACGCAAGCCCUUGAAUUCUCGACUGUCAAACAUGACUUCGAGGCUCGGCACGCCAUCCACAGGCAACAUUCCCAGACCUCAGUCGACGCAGCCAAACCGCCCCAGGUGGAACAGCUCGACCAACACCACGGACGUUGGUAUUGGUCACAAUUUCAAACCCUUGACUCUCACUUGUCCUAGCCCCUAUGCCAGGAAGACGUCACCGGCUGCACGACCGCCAUCCUCACUGACCCCAGGGGCAUCUUCGCCCAGCGGUUCAAGGGUGCCGAACCUCCGUACACCCCUUACCCGGGAGUCAUCCGCGUCACCCAUGCCCGAGGACACGCCCACUAAGAGAGCACCCUCGAAACUGUCGUUCCGAGAGCGUUUGGCGUCGCCUGGCCCCUAUUCCCAGCAAACACUAUCCAAACCGCGCUUAUCUUCGUCUGUGUCCACUUCAGGCCUCGAGUCCCAGUCGAGCCGACGUUCAUCUUUGCAACCACCCAGACUUCACUCUUUCGCCGACAGAACGGUACCAAGCCGUCCUUCGAGCUCCCUGGCUUCCACUAGACGAACUAGUCUUUUGCCACAACCCAAGGCCAGCAGCGUGACGAGCGGCAGGGAAACCCCACUGGGGCGCGCACCAUCGCGUAAUACCACGCGUAAAACCCUUCCUGAGCUGUCAAAGAGCACAAUGAGCAACAAGCCCCGAUGGAGAGGUUAG